UUGUGCUGCCUCGUUAGCUCAACAACAACGAGCUACAACAUUGUGUUGUUUCAUGAAUAGCGUUAAGUUUUGAGGUCUGAAAGUAUUAGCGUUUUGUUAUUCUGUAAUCUCAACGACGUAUUGUGUAUGUUGCUGGAAGUUAUGUUGGUGUACACGCUUUCUGGUUUACAUUUGUCGAUACAUUUAGCAGCUAGGUCGGGCUAGCUGUCCGCACUUAGCGGUGGUUACUCUAAGGUAGGAGUAUUACAACCAAAUUAGUUUUGCUAUUUCAGCACACUUUACUUGAUCCAGUUAGUUUUUAUCAACACGUCGAUACCACCAAGAGCUUCAGAGAAUGCUGGCGACGGGAGCGGCUGUAACUAACGUCACAGCCCUGGCCCAGGUAGACAGAGAGAAGAUCUACCAAUGGAUCAAUGAGUUAUCCAGCCCAGAGACCAGAGAAAAUGCCUUGUUGGAGCUAAGCAAGAAACGUGAAUCCGUGCCAGACCUGGCACCGAUGCUCUGGCAUUCCUGUGGCACUAUUGCUGCCCUGUUGCAGGAGAUUGUGAACAUCUAUCCAUCUAUAAACCCACCUACGCUUACAGCUCACCAGUCCAACAGAGUGUGCAAUGCCCUUGCACUUCUGCAGUGUGUUGCCUCACACCCAGAGACACGGUCGGCUUUUCUUGCAGCUCACAUCCCUCUUUUCCUUUACCCUUUUUUACACACUGUGAGCAAAACGAGACCAUUUGAGUACCUGCGACUUACCAGCCUCGGAGUCAUAGGUGCCUUGGUCAAAACAGAUGAACAAGAAGUGAUUAACUUCCUUCUCACCACUGAAAUUAUCCCGCUGUGUCUCCGCAUCAUGGAAUCGGGGAGUGAACUCUCCAAGACGGUUGCUACUUUCAUACUGCAGAAGAUACUGCUGGAUGACACAGGACUGGCAUAUAUAUGUCAGACUUAUGAACGUUUCUCCCAUGUGGCCAUGAUUCUCGGCAAAAUGGUGCUGCAGCUCUCCAAAGAACCAUCAGCUCGUCUGCUGAAGCACGUUGUUCGCUGCUAUCUUCGCCUCUCGGACAAUCUCAGAGCCAGAGAGGCCCUGCGUCAGUGUCUACCAGACCAGCUGAAGGACAGCACCUUUGCUCAGGUGCUGAAAGAUGACACCACCACUAAGCGCUGGCUGGCACAGCUGGUCAAGAACCUGCAGGAGGGCCAAGUCACUGAUGCCAGAGGCAUUCCACUGGCUCCACAGUGACGGGCUGCGAAUUCACCGCGGACACGAACGGACUCGCUGUCUAGAAUUUGAAUUUUUUUGCCAAAUGUGGUGCUAAGACUGCAAAGUAAAGGACAUAAAAGAGGAAGAUAUUUUUGCUUUCGGAUUGCUCAAUUUCCAUUUUUGGACAUGAGGCCCCUUUCACAACUGAAAAACCUUUUCUUAAGAGUCCACAGAUGGUAGAUCUUUAAAGCCGACAGAUGUUUGAGAAUAAGUUUGAAUCCAAUAAUGAUGUAUUGGCUGAUAUUUGCUUUUGACAUAAAUGUUUUGACCAGACUCCUCAAAACUGGUUGAUAAAGAGUUGUGAUGACGAUAUUUAGUUCAGACAUUUUUAGGUUAAACAAUAGACCUUACUAUCAAAACAAUGACAGUAUUUUUUCAACAGUACGCUUCACAUCAAAUUAAACAACUGUAAGUAGAGAAAUAUGCAUUGAACUUGCAAUAAGAAACAAUGGCCAGAUGUACAUUAAAAUGCAGCCUAUGAAAUUACUGUUGCCGUAGUCAUGAAGCAAUUUCUAUCUGAAUGUCAACACAUAGGUCACUUCUGAUAUAAAAUAGGCCAGCAAUAGUUGUUAAUAUCAACCCUUUUAAAAUAUCAGCCGACACUUCUCUCUUCCCGUUUAUCACUGUAAGUUUCAGUAACAUUCCAUGUCCAAUAGGAACAGUUAUUUCUUGCAUUUUAUGUUUCAAAUAAUACUUUGAUCUUCUAUAUGACUGCUUGUGUCUCUUUUUUUCCCCCAAAAAAAGUCUGUUCACUGACACUACAUGCAACAGUUUAGUAAUACAGGGAAUUUCUCAAGGUUUUUGUGUGUUUACCGUCAUCAUUUUGAUGGCCCAAUUGUACAAAAAAAAAAUUUAAAUAAAAUCUCAGGAGCGGA